UAUGAAAACCAAAAUUAGAUGGCGUUUUGAAUGAUAAAUUGUGUAUUUUUGAACAAAUGUCAGAUUUAUUUCAAAUUAGUGUAUUUCGCGUAUUAGAAGAAGACCAUCAAUGGUACUUAAAACCUUACGAUGACGAAGAAAAUUUCAAGUUAGACAAAGUUACUUCUGGUUGCAAAAACCUAGCUAAAAAAAUUAAUUCAAUAUGCAGUUUUUACACCUCAGAUACCCAAUUUGAAGAAGCGAGAGUAAGCAAGAGGAACUUAAGUGAAGGCACAGCAGCAGUUAUAAUAAAACACUUUUUGCAAAGAGUCAGUGAUAGAGGUUUAUUUAAAAGAAUAAAGAAAUAUAUAAAAGAAUUGGAAAAGAAGAAUCCAGUGAAAGUUUUGGCUUUGGUGAAUGGAAUCCAUGCUCAACUAUUUGAACGAAAUCGAUUUAAGUUGGUUUUUCGCUUAGAUGGAAGAAUUUUUCCACCAUAUAUUGUAUAUAAACUAAUUCCAAAAACAUAUUUAAAUAUUAUUGACAUGCGAACACAAGGUAGUGGUAUUGAAAAUAAAAAUAUUUACGAGGUGUGGCACCAGUUUAAAUAUUACAAAUGCUGUGCUUGUAGAUCUUUUGUUAAAAGUAAACCAGUUAAAAAAAAGAAAACAAGACUUAAACGCUCUACAACUACUACUAAUUGUAUAUGUCCUUACUGACAUGUAAAUAUUUUUGUUAAACGAAAAUUUAAUAAAACAAAAAACUCUAAGGAUGUCUUGUUUUAAUAAUAAAAUAAUGAAGGUAGGAAAAAUUUAAACGAAAAAUUGCUUUUUACAAAAGUUGUUUUUUACUUCUAUAUAAGAAUUGGCUAAUUAAGUUAAAAAAUAAUUAACUAAAUAUGCAUUUCGGUAACAUGGGGGUUAAGGACGUCACGUUACUUUUUUAUUAUCUGUUUAUAUAAUCCUAUUAAAAAAUCAUAAAAAUAUUCUGCAAGAUACUGUGAUACCAUAGAAAUAGUAUAGAAAGACAAUUCCAUACAUUAAAAGUGAAACCAUAAGGAGCAAAUAAUAGUGUGUUGGAACUCAUGCGCAUGAAGGUGCCGGUUGGACAGGACAGGCUCAAGUUUUAUAUUGAUCGAACAAAUAAGUAAACACACACGAUUAUUAGGUUAGCAGUCGUCAUACACUUUUAGAGGCAAUUCUCUAUAAAAAAAUGAAUUGCUACAGUGAAGAGAUUUUACAUCUGACAUGGUUUCGGUUGAUAUUUGCUACAAGUAAAUUUAAUCAGGGGAUUGCAAUAUAGAAGGCAGUUGCGUUUCGUCCACCUUAACAAAAGUAUGUUCAUUUUUUACAAUUUGUCAGCAGACUAUAUGUCGUUAC